AUGAAUGGAAAUGUCGGGCAUCCUAAUAAGAGGAAGGUGCUACAUACCCCAAGACUGAAAAACAACAAAUUAAACGAUAUAAGAUCAAUCAAAUUCUUCAAUUUAUACAACCAACGAGCUGACGAGCGAGAGUUGAGUAACCCUCAUAAACGAUUUGGUAGGAGGCGAAGUACACUCACAUUGAUGCCUACUAUAUCUGAUGCAUUAGAGAGUGAGUAUGAUGAUUCCCGAAAGCUAAUAAAAUUUGCAAAAGAACGAAUAAUAGACACCUUAAUCACAAUUCGUUUGACGAAAUCGGACGCUGUUAUAUAUGUUAGCGAUGUGUCGUAUGGAGAUGCAGAUCCCCAAUUCAUGGUACAGCUAGAAAAUGUACCUGCCCAUAUUCACAGAUGUAUUAUUAACCUUUGGUCGAGAUGUGACAGUCAGUGGAGCCUCCUUUGCACUUACAAAAUAGAUUUAAACAAGUUAAAAAAAGAGAGAAUAGUAGUGGAGGACGACACCUUUGACAUGUUUAAAGAUAACUCGCUUUGUGUGAAGCUAAAAGAUAGCUGGUACACGUUUCCCGACAUGCUUGUAUCUAGAGGACUGGCUCUUGAUUGUAAUCCUUACCCAGAGCCUAUUUUGAAACCAAUCAAUUCGUACACUUUUGAUCAACUCCGAUCUAUAGACAAUAUUACAAGAUCACUCAAGGAGCUUGAGGCGUCCAAAACUAAACUAAAACAGCAAAUCCACAAGUACAUUCAUAACAUAGAUUUCAAUAACGUGAAUAACAUUCCAACACUAUUGGACCAGUUGAAUCACAAAUCCAAAGCAUUGGAACUAGAUAUUAAGAAAACAAAAGCAGCUAAUGAAGCUAGCAAAAGCCAUAUCUAUAGUGUCAAACAAAAGAUCAGUGAUGCUAAUGAGUUAUUGUCAGAUUUCGAAAAUGUGCGUGAGUUGAUUAAAGAUAAAUUCGAAAUAUAUGAUCACGAGAUUGCAAGUGUGAAAAAGAGUAGAGUUGGCGUCAAGAAUGAGAUCAAGAAAAGACUAAAGAAUGACGUUUUGGUGAUAAAUGAAGUGUUACCUAUUCGCGACAUUUCCUCGGUGUGCUUUUCGAUACUUGGGUUUGAGUUUCCUCACAACUUGAAAUCUUUGAAAGAUAUUUGUUAUUACAAUACAAGUGGUUUGAAGAACCAUUACUAUGAGCCUAAUUUUGAUUCGGAAUUUCAAUGGCAUGAAUUCACAAUCUCCCAAGUCAAUGCCAGUUUAUCAUUCAUUGUUCAAUUGCUUACUAUACUAUCCAAAAUCACAGAAACUCCGCUCUUGUACAAAAUGGUCCUUUUCGGUAACCGAAGCUUCAUCAUAGAUGAGAGCAAAGUCUACCCCAUAGCUGGGAAAAAUCCAUCAAAUGCGACCCCGCCAUACAAAUUCCCGUUAUACUUUGACUCAAAGGAUGUCAAUAACGAAAAAGUUUUAACCAGUCAAGGAUCGAUAGUCAUGAAUCAGGAAUUUGAGUAUGGAUUAAAGUUGUUAAGUCGAAAUAUCUCACGGUUAGUUGGCUAUAUCAAGGAUGAUAUAUACGAUGACUCUAGUUCAGGGUCUAUCCCCAGUGAUUGUCAAGAUAACUUUUUGUGGAAUUUAAAGUAUUUGGAGCUCUUGAUGACUGCUUAA